AUGAAGGAGAAGCAGGAUGUCAUCUCUGACUUCAAUGAGCUCGUCAAUAUGACGGCUUCUGAGCUCGAGUCUUGGCUCAAGUCGGACGAUUCGAACAGUGCUGGAUGGCCCAAAUCUGGCGGCGAUGGUGAUGGCGAGUCAGUUGGGCACGAAAGCGGUCGCAAGAUCGUUGAGAUCUUAAAAUCCAAUCCUAAGAAAGAUUCAGAGAAAUACACCGACGACCAGGUAGAGCACAUGCGCAAAGUUGUUGCAUACUGCAAACGCCAUCUCGCCCAGGAAACAGCGGGUAACAAUGACAAAUCUGAGGAGGAAGUCAAGAAGACUAAGUCCUAUGCUUCGUUGAAAAACUGGGGCCACGAUUUCCUCAAAGCCCAAGGCAAAGGUGUAGAUAAAGAGAGCGACACCCCUAAAUCUUCGAAAAGGAAGGAUGAGGCUGCGGAAGAAGGCGAGGACGAUGUCGAAGAAGCCAAUGAAGAGGACGAAGAGAAUGUUGGGAGUAAGCGCAAGCAAGCUGACGAUCAGGAAGUGCCAAGCAAGAAAAGAGAAACUCACAAGGGCGAAUCGAAAAAGAGCAGCAAAGAAGAUGACAGUGAGGAGGCCGAUGAGGAGGAGAAUGGUGAUGACGCUGGCAAGAAGACAAAUGGUCAAGCAAACGGGGAAAGCAAAGAACCUCACAAUGGCCCUUCCAAGGGCGACACAGUCAGUUGGAACUGGGGAUCUGGCCAGCCUGAAGGCAAAGUCGUUGAUGUCAAGGAAGAGAAGACAAGCAUCACGACGAAACGCGGUAACGAGGUGUCAAAAAAUGGAACAGCAGAGGAUCCGGCUGUUGUUCUGGAUACUGGCAAGUCAGAGGCCGUCAAGUUAGCACAUGAGCUUAAUUAG